CAACGCUACCCGCAAUGUCCUCCCACACACACAACUCCUCCACCACCAACAUCGUCGGCAUACACUACCGCGUCGGCAAGAAGAUCGGCGAGGGCUCCUUUGGCGUCAUCUUCGAGGGGACGAACUUGCUCAAUUCCCAAAGCGUCGCCAUCAAGUUUGAACCGCGCAAGGCAGAGGCUCCCCAGCUCCGUGAUGAGUGUCGCUCCUACCGCAUCCUCUCCGGCUGCACCGGCAUCCCACAGAUAUACCACUUUGGACAGGAAGGCUUGCACAACAUCCUCGUCAUUGAUCUCUUGGGGCCCAGUCUCGAGGACCUCUUCGACAUGUGUGGUCGCAAAUUCACGAUCAAGACCGUCUGCAUGGCCGCCCGCCAGAUGCUGUCCCGUGUGCAAACCAUCCACGAGAAGAACCUCAUAUACCGCGAUAUCAAACCCGACAACUUUCUCAUUGGACGACCAGGAACAAAGAACUCAAAUGUGGUGCACGUCGUCGACUUUGGCAUGGCGAAGCAGUACCGGGAUCCCAAGACGAAGCAGCACAUUCCCUACCGAGAACGAAAGAGCCUGAGCGGAACCGCGCGCUACAUGAGCAUCAACACCCACCUAGGCAGAGAACAGUCAAGGCGGGACGACCUCGAAUCGCUCGGGCACGUCUUCAUGUACUUCUUGCGCGGAAGCCUGCCAUGGCAGGGCCUCAAGGCCGCGACGAACAAACAGAAGUACGAGAAGAUCGGGGAGAAAAAGCAGACGACGCCGAUCAAGGAGCUCUGUGACGGCUUCCCUGAGGAAUUCGGCAUCUACCUGAACUACGUCCGGAAGCUUGGCUUCGAGGAGACGCCCGACUAUGAGUUUUUGCGCGAGCUGUUCGCCAAGGUAAUGAAGAACAACAACGACAUCGAUGACGGCGUAUACGACUGGAACCUGUUAAAUGACUAA